AGGAAAGCGACUGUGAGAGUAGCUUGGGCUCACCAGAACCAGCAUCUUCGAUGGCCAUGGGCUCUGAAACGGGAACAGACCUGUCUAUGGGCUUAAGACAACAACAGCAGACACUCAUUAAAGAAGAAAUCAGUAUUAACGAAUCUUCAAACAUGAUGCCGCCUUCUUCUUCAGCCUCCCAUCUUAAUGGAACAAUGGCUGGACUUGUAACGCUUCAAAAUCUUCAGAACUUGGCUUCUCUACAGGGUCUUCCACAAGUGGCGUCCUUAGCUGCUGGUCUAUCCAACAUGGCGAACAUUCCAGGAAGUCCUGUCGUGAAUGCACCCCUCAAUCUUAGUUUAAGCGCUUCAGCCGCAACUCCAAGGAGCUCCCAGCAUCCUCCGAUGUCCGGUUCGAGAGCAUCCAUAUCUUCUCCUCCUCCCGUAAUGACCCCUCAGCCUCAGCAACAACAACCGCCCCCUACACACUUGAUGGGAGGUGGGCAGCAACAGCAGCAGCAACAACCUAGCGGACCCAUCCUGGGCGGCCAGCAACCUGCGCCUAUGCCGCAGCUGAUAUUAGCUUCGGGGCAGCUGGUGCAGGGAAUCCAGGGAGCGCAGCUGCUUAUUCCAACUUCACAAGGCUUAGCGACGCAGACAAUCCUGACAAUCCCCGUAAAUCACGUAAACAGUAACGACCAAAUGGUGAACCUAGCACUAAACAAUGGCCAGGUGAUGCAAACUUCGCUGGCGAAUCUGCAGGCGAUGGCUCAAAGCAACCUACUACCCCCUGCCCCAGCUCCUCCUCCUCCUCUUACUCCUCCAACCUCUAACGGCAGUCAAAUCAAUCCCAACCUCCUCAACCCAGCAACGCUAACCCACCUGUUGUCCAAUGGCUCAGCGCAGCAGAUUCUACAGACGCUUCCACAGAUCUUGAAUACACCUCCUCCUAAUCCCCCGCCACUAAUCAACCCCAUGCUCUCUACCCCGCCACAGAUGAUGCCAACGCCUACGUCACAACCUAGCAGCCAGCCCAGGCAGAUCAAUCCUACGAGCCAUUAUGUGGACACCAAGCAUGUACCCCAAGCGCAGAGCCAUCCGUCACCAACGGGGAACUGCGGCAAUGGGAUGAUGGUGAACAGAAUGCAGAGCAACGGCGACGUGAACGUGACUGCUGCUCACACGGGAAUCACUACUUGUCAGAGCAUCAAAAGAUCACCAUCCGCCCAUUCGCCUAGCUGCAACGAUAACUCCACUGCAGAUUUGCUAGUCGACUCACCAAAUCAACCCACAAUAAACCAAACCAACUCAAAUGUAGUAGAUGGCAUCAACCUAGACGAGAUCAAGGACUUCGCGAAGGCCUUCAAACUCAGAAGACUGUCAUUAGGACUAACUCAAACACAAGUAGGACAAGCACUCAGCGUUACUGAGGGCCUGCCUACAGUCAAAGUGCCAUUUGCAGUGCCCUGGCUUCUCAGAUGUUUGCGGCUGCGCAACUUUCUUCACAGCAACAAGCAAUGUUCGAGAAACUUGACAUCACACCAAAAAGUGCCCAAAAAAUCAAGCCAGUAUUAG